UCGCAGCCUUCAUUACCUAUCAGAGCGCAGGCUGAACUCCAGAAGCCGCCUAUCCGCUCCCCGGAACCCAUCAACCUAUAGACUGCGGAGUGGGAGGCGGGGCCACGGGUCUGAGGGCCUGGGUAAGGGCCGGCGGCGACGUUUUCGGAGUUGACCGAGAUGGCCACCGUGAUGGCUGCGACAGCGGCAGAGCGGGCGGUGCUGGAGGAGGAGUUCCAGUGGCUACUUCACGACGAGGUCCACGCGGUGCUACGCCAGCUGCAGGACAUCCUCAAGGAAGCCUCUUACCGAUUUACUCUGCCUGGGACAGGAACGGAAGGACCAGCCAGGCAAGAGAACUUCAUCCUAGGAAGUUCCACCACAGAUCAGGUGAAGGGCGUGUUGACUCUACAAGGGGACGCACUGAGCCAAGCGGAUGUGAAUUUGAAAAUGCCCAGAAAUAACCAGCUGUUACACUUUGCAUUCCGAGAAGACAAGCAGUGGAAACUACAGCAGAUCCAGGAUGCCAGGAAUCAUGUCAGCCAAGCAAUUUAUCUCCUUGCCAACCGGGAUGAGAGCUACCAGUUCAAGACAGGAGCUGAGGUCCUAAAGCUAAUGGAUGCCGUGAUGCUGCAGCUAACACGAGCACGAAAUCGCCUCACCACUCCUGCUACGCUUACGCUGCCCGAGAUUGCCUCCAGCGGCCUGACGAGGAUGUUUGCUCCCGCUUUGCCUGCAGACCUUCUGGUGAACUUUUACAUCAACCUCAACAAGCUCUGCCUGACUGUGUACCAGCUGCAUCCUCUGCAGCCCAGCUCCACCAAGAACUUCCGCCCUUCGGGGGGAGCUGUCCUUCACAGCCCAGGAGCCAUGUUUGAAUGGGGCGCCCAAAGAUUGGAGGUGAGCCACGUGCACAAGGUGGAGUGCGUGAUUCCCUGGCUCAAUGACGCCCUCGUCUUCUUCACUGUCUCCCUGCAGCUCUGCCAGCAGCUCAAGGACAAGAUCUCCGUCUUCUCCAGCUACUGGAGCUACAGGCCCUUCUGACCAAGAGGAACCUCGGACAGAUUUCCCCCGGUAAAGAGGCGCCCGGCCCGUGGUCCAGUCCCCAAGGGGGCUGAGGCAGCCCCCACAAGCGAGCCCUGGAGGGAGCAGCAUAGACGAGGGACCGCAUGCUGCUGGUUCAGCAUGGGCAGCGCGCUAUUUAUUUCCCUCAUGGCCCCCAGACCCGAGGAGCCUCUGCCCGGGACAAGUGCAUGGAUGCUAGUGAACAUUGGAGGAACUCGAGGCCUGAGAGGGGCGGGGAGCCGGCGCCACGGACGGCUGAGGAAGCGCCUUGGGAGACUAGAAACCCAAAGGCCGGCCCGAAUGAGAAUGAGCUUCCUGAGUGUGGAUGACCUUUGAGCCCAGGCAGAAGCCCUGGUUCUGCUCCCUCCGCAGCAAAGCUGCCCCUGCACACAGGCACGGAGGGGUGUGGGAAGAGCGAGAGUCGUGACAAUACGUGUAAAGGGUGGCUGCCUGGGACGCAGUGUUUGGGCUCUAAUCUUCCUGUCUGUUCUGUAAAAGUAUCGUCAUCCGUAAAAGUAUCGUCAUCCGCUGAGAAAUAAAGAAUCAAGACCCAA